UCCCCAGUCCCCCCACCCCCGACCCUGGAAUCAUGCAUCGGACUACACGGAUCAAAAUCACACAGCUGAUCCCCCACCUCAUGUGUGCCCUCUGCGGGGGGUACUUCAUCGAGGCCACCACUAUCUUGGAGUGCCUGCAUUCCUUCUGCAAAACCUGCAUUGUGCGCUACCUGGAGACCAACAAAUACUGCCCCAUGUGUGACGUGCAGGUCCAUAAAACCCGGCCGCUGCUGAGCAUCAGGUCUGACAAAACCCUUCAAGACGUUGUCUACCAAUUGGUCCCUGGCCUUUUUAAAGAUGAGAUGAAGCGGCGGCGGGAUUUCUAUGCAGCGUACCCCCUAACGGAGGUCCCCAACGGCUCCAGUGAGGACCGCGGCGAGGUCUUGGAGCAGGAGAAGGGGGCUCUGAGUGAUGAUGAGGUUGUCAUCCUCUCCAUCGAAUUCUACGAAGGUGCCAGGGACCGGGAUGAGAAGAAGGGCCCCUUGGAGAAUGGGGAUGGGGACAAAGAGAAAACAGGGGUGCGCUUCCUGCGAUGCCCAGCAGACAUGACCGUCAUGCAUCUCGCCAAGUUUCUCCGCAACAAGAUGGAUGUGCCCAGCAAGUACAAGGUGGAGGUUCCGUAUGAGGACGAGCCACUGAAGGAAUACUACACCCUCAUGGACAUCGCCUACAUUUACCCCUGGCGGCGGAACGGGCCUCUCCCUCUCAAGUACUAUGUCCAGCCAGCCUGCAGGCGGCUCACCCUAGCCAUGGUGCCCACCCCCUCCAAGGGCACCAACACCAGCGGGGCGUCCGAGUGUGAGUCAGUCAGCGACAAGGCUCCCAGCCCUGCCACCCUGCCAGCCACCUCCUCCUCCCUACCCAGCCCAGCCACCCCAUCCCAUGGCUCCCCCAGUUCCCAUGGGCCUCCAGCCACCCACUCCACCUCCCCCACUCCCCCUUCGACAGCCAGUGGGGCCACCACAGCUGCCAACGGGGGUAGCUCAAACUGCCUGCAGACACCAUCCUCCACCAGCAGGCGGCGCGAGAUGACUGUCAACGGCGCUCCCGUGCCCUCCUUAACUUGAGGCCAGGGACCCUCUCCUUUCUUCCAGCCAAGCCUCUCCACUCCUUCCACUUUUUCUGGGCCCUUUUUUCCAUCUCUUCUACUUUCCCCAGCUCUUCCCACCUUGGGGGUGGGGGGCGGGUUUUAUAAAUAAAUCUAUAUAGAUAUGUACAUAGGAAAAACCAAAUAUAUAUACGUAUUUUCUAUGGAAAAAAAAAGACACAGAGGACGAUUGAGGAAAGG